AAAAAAUUAUUCUUUUCUUUUUUGAACAACUUUCUUUCUUCUUUUACUACUUUAUCAACUCUAUUUCUUCUGAAUAUGUUCUCUAAUGUAGGCUUGAUCUCAGAUAAGUCCAACAAUGAUAGCAACAUUCUUUUGAUGAAUGAUCAUAAUCAACCUGGUGUAAAAGACGCAAUAUUUCCUAUCCCAACCGAUGCCACUGCAAUAACAAACCAACCUACAACUGAUGACGAAUCCACCAAUUUAUUCGCGUUGUUAAAGCAAAAGUUCCAUAGCACUAGUAAAUACGCAGUUGAGGGAGUUGAACAUGAUAACAAUCGUGGAAGCUAUGGACAGAAUAAAGACAAGCAGAUUGAUAGACGGCAUAGCACAACUUUUGACAUGAAACGGAAAUUGCCGUCUAAUAACGGCAUGUCCUCUAAUAAUGGUGCUACACCUAAUGUUGUCAACUAUUCCGAUAACCGUAAUUCUAGUACUUUAUCACCAUCUGCAUCAUGUCAUACUGGACCUUUCAAUGCUGGCUGCCGUAGUGAAGCUACCGUAUCUAUUACAGAGUAUGAACAGCAACAAAACAAAUCUGGCGAUGACCAACUCACUCAAUCUGUAGAGUUGGGUCCUUCAAAGGCUCAAGCCAAAACUUACGAUUUAUACACGUUGAAUAAAAAAUACCCAAUGGGGAUGGUCUCGCAGCAGAAUCAGGAUCUGAAAAGUGCUUCUUAUGAACAUCAAAAAAACCAACAAAUGAAAAGUGUUAAUCAAACCGUCAAUGAUUGCAUAAUUAAAGAAGUUGAUAUUCCCCAAGCAUGUAGCCCUGUUAGACAACAACAAGCACAAAUGGCCCAUAACAGUAAGCCAGGUGGAGAAACUACUGCAAUCACGUCCUGGAAGAGUUUUUCAACUUGUGAAGUACCGGUGCAAGAAAAGGCUACUGCUAGCUGGGUAGAUUAUUUGAAACUAUUUUCCUCAGAUGGUGAGGAAAACGAAGAAGAAGUAAACAGUGAUUCCGAAGACGUCCACAUUUCCACCGCAACAGAGGAAGAAUUUUUAGUCUCAGUUAAUAAUAAUAAGCCUACAUCUGUGGAUGUCUCCGAAACCGCUAAUGGAGCUUCUACAAUUGACAAUACACUCCUUUCUUGCAAUCGGCCUUCUUGGAAUGCCACUUCUGAUAAUGAAGAAAUAAUCUUAAAUGACGAUGUUAGCCAUAGAGCUGCUAUAUUCGAAAAAAGUUCUAUUAGGGACUCUAAUGAUGUGGCUAUUACUCCCGUUAAUGAAGCUGCUGACGAACCUCAAGUACCCUUUCAACCCCUUGAUAAAGUUGCAAAGGCCAAGACUUGUAAGAAGACCAUCAGAUACACUCCUGAAAUGCUCAGAGAGAUAGGCGAAAACUCAACGAUUAUACCUGAUCAUUCAUUUGUGAGAACUGACAUCACACAGUAUAAUAACCCUGAAAAUGAGAUGAACAGUUAUAACCAAUACCAAGGAUAUAGUCGUUCAUAUUCAUUUGGCAGCGUCAAUAGUGUAACUGCAAGCUUACCUGCUGUCCCUUCGGAUGCGAUUUACAAACCUAUCCGUCAGCCCGUCAAUCCUGGUUCGGAUUGGAAAAAGCUGAAUUUCAAAUCUGGUUAUCUUCCUGUUCGCACCUGCCAUCACAUAUGUGAAAAAUGCCUUGAAAUCGAGAAGCAACAAGAAGUACAACGGAAACUUCUUGGUUAAAGCUUAAAAAUAUGGUUAUUUCAAUUUGCUUCAUCUGGAGGCAGCAAUGAAUAAAUUAGUGGGUGAUGUUCUAAUGUACAAUACUAUCAUUUGUUGAAAAUUGGCGAUUGAUAAAUUGCUUCUUAGAUAC